AUGCAUCUAGACCACUUCCAAAGUAAAAAUGAUGUUGAGGUUCUAUGAAAAGAUCCCAACUCUCCUUUGUAUGCUGUCAAAACCUUUGAGGCACUGCAGCUUCGUCCUGAGUUACUGCAAGGGAUCUAUGACAUGGGCUUCAAACUUCCCUCUAAAAUAAAAGAAACUACACUUCCAACUCUCCUUCCCAAUCCCCCACAGAAUUUGAUUGCACAGUCUCAAUCCGGUACUGGGAAGACAGCAGCAUUGAGCCUGGGUCUGUUGAGCCGCAUAGACCCCAGCAGGAAAUGCACACAGGCCUUGUGUUUGUCUCCUAUUUACGAGCUUGCCCUGCAGACUGCACAGACCGUCAUGGCGUUGGGGAAACAUUGCUCUGAUGUUACCAUCAAGUGCGCAGUCAAAGGAGAAACUCUCACCCGAGGCAGCAAGAUCACCGACUACAUCGUGAUCGGCACUCCCGGCAAGGUGCUUGACUGGCUCACUAUAAAGCUCGAGCGCUUGCUGGCUGACUGCUGCGUCUUUGUCUUGGAUGAAGUUGAAGUCACGAUCGCCACGCAGGGCCACAAGGACCAGUCAGUACGCAUCCGCAAGCAGCUGCCCAGGACGUGCCAGAUGAUGUUGUUCAGUGCGACGUAUGACGGCACGGUGAUGCAGUUAGAAGCCAUUGUCCCCAACCAAGUCAUCAUCAGACUGCGCAGGGAGGAGGAGACGCUCACCAACAUCAGGCAGAUGUACAUAGAGUGUCCCACAGCAGAAGACAAGUACACGGCUAUCAGCAACAUCUACACCAUCCCUGUGGGGCAGUUGAUGUUCUUCUGCCGCACCAAGCAGACCGCCAACUGGCUGCACGCGCCCAUGGUUAUGGACGGCCAUCACGUCACCCUCCUCACUGGAGAGUUGUCAGCAGAGGAGCGCCUCUCAGUGCUGACGAGCUACAGGGAGGGGGGCGAACGAGUCCUUAUCAGCACCAACGUCUUGGCCAGAUGCAUCGACGUCGAGCAGGUAACAUUGGUGGUAAACUACGACCUGCCUGAGCUGAACGGGGCGGCAGACUGCGAAACAUACCUGCACAGGAUCGGGCGCACGGGCCGCUUUGGCAAGACCGGAAACGCCAUCAACAUCAUCGACGGGCUGCGCUCCAUGGAGCUGCUGCAGCAGAUACAGAAACACUUCAAUCUCGAAAUAAAGAAGUUGGACUACAAGAACUUUGAUGAAGUCGUCAAACUUGCAGAAGAUUUAUGCGUCCUCAACAGCCAGCAUCCGCGGUUUUGA